AUGUGGAUGUGGAAAACGUAUAAGAAGUUGCUAGUCACACAUAGAAUAAAUCUAUUCAUUAGAUUUGUGUAUUUUUUAAGAAGGAUGUCCAGUGAGAAUCGUUUUGCAUCACUCUACGACGAGGAAGAGGAAGUUAUUGAGCAGAAGGAGGUGAAGACUGAGAAGAAGCUUCGUGGCAACGAUAAGCGUGUGGCUAAUCUCCGCCCUGGUAAGCGUGAGUUUGAGCGCCACAGUGGAACGGGUCGUGGUCGCGAGAUCCCCAAGAACGGUUCUGGCAACAGAAACUGGGGCAACCCCAAGGAUGUGAACGAGCAAUUGAGAGCUGAGACGGAGCCUCUGGAGACGAGCCCUGUGGAGGAAGUGGAGGAGAAGGAGACGGAGCCCAGACCUGAGGUGUUCACCCUGGAAGAGUACGAGGCGAUGCGCAAGGCGAAGCUUGGCAAUCUGCCUCCCAAGAAGGCUCCUCGCACUGUGGAGGAGCCCAAGACGGAGAAGAUCGAGAAGAUCGAGGAGGAUCUGUUUGUGGCGGAGGGAAUCAAGAAGAAGGAGCGCAAGGUGAAGGCCGAGGAGAAGCCCACCGAGGUGAUCCUGAACUUCCAGGCGGUGGAGGGAACCCCCCGCAACUUCGUGCCUCGCGAACGACGCCGCUUCGAGGAGCGCCGCGAGGGAAGCGGAGAGCAGAAGAGAGAGGGACGCAAUGGAGAGCGCCGUGGCGAGCGCCGCGGAGAGCGUCGCGGACAGGGACGCAACCAGCCUCGCGGCUCCAAGCUGAACCUGAAGAGUGAAGCGCUCUUCCCCAAGUUGUAAACACUGCAAGGAAACUCAAUUUGGUGUCUCUUCUUAU